CUGGAAGACUGGCAAGUGUUUGACGAAUUGAUUGAUUUGCCACAACUGAACCUUGUCUAUCUCGAGAACAAUCCGUUUUCUGAAGCGCAGGAUUACAGGGCCAAGGCGAUUAGGCUUCUACCACAAAUUACACGUCUCGACUCAACUCAAUGUCGUGAUCCAUCAUUUGUGAAAGCUCCUGUUCUCGUUUAA